UCGAAGCUGACGCAUACGGUUCACUACCGCGGGCCUGGUGCUGUUAAUUUUGAUUUUGUUUGCAUUGAGGGAGGCUUGGUUUCGGAGCAAUCCUUGAGUAAGCAGCUGCCAAAUACCAGUAGAAAUUACACAGUCGUUUGACAGAGUUUGUGAAACCAAGUUCUGUAUGGUGGGAUAGACAUGAUGAGAAGACGGUUCAGCUUGUGAAGACACUUUUGGAAAUUUAUUGGAAUUUACAGCUCUGUGAAAAAAAUCAAAAUGAAACGAGUUUGGAGGAAUGUAACUGUUAUAUUACUUGUGAUCAGCAUACUAAAGCUGGGUGUUGUACACUCUGACUUUAUUCUGGGGCUUGAUUUGACGAAGUUUGUGCAUCACCAGUCGACAGAUCUCCACAAAUCCCCGUGUUCUGACGGAAAGGACAGGCCAUGUGUGGGGUUGUUAUUUCUGUGUGUAGAAGAGUAUUCCGAGCAUAAUAUGGACCUGAGCGAACAGUUUUGUUCUCUAACCUCUGAUACCUUUACUUUCACAGGUGAUCAGGAUACCCUGAAGGAUAAGGUCUCAAGCAGGGAAUACAACAUCAAAGGACCAGUGAGGCCAAUGGAACUCAUACUGAGACUAGAGUACAAGACGGGCACCGACCUUCCAUGGCCGGUGGCUCAACACAGUGUCCAGCUCCCAGGUCAGAGAGCAGACUGGAACUCCUACAGACCGCAGACAACGUGGGUGGAGAAAGGAAGGAGGGGCGUCGUUAACGAUGCCGUCGUUAGAGUCCAAGUCCAGUGUGCAGAAGCCUUUCAUGGACCCGGAUGUGACGUGUACUGUGACGAAGAGUCAGGUCAAGGUCGCUUUACCUGCCUGGAGGACGGAAGUAGGAAGUGUGAUAUUGGAUGGACGGGCAUUCUUUGUGAUACAGCCAUGCCAAUGAACAAUACAGGCACUGUGGAGAAGAAGCCAUAUUUAUACUCUGACCACAGCGAUAUCAUCAACGACGUAGGAACACUUUCUAGGCAGAAGCGGCAGCUAGUGGAUUCAAACCCCUGUAGACAGGCGCCGUGCAAGAACGGAGCAACAUGUCAGCAGCUUCGUGCGGAGCAGGGCAACUACACGUGCAUCUGUAACCCUGGAUAUACGGGCACUCUGUGUGAACGAGGUAUAGAUGAAUGCGCCAGCAAUCCUUGUCUCAAUGGCUUCUGCAUCGACGAGAUCAACUUCUUCAGGUGCUCCUGCAACACUGGGUUCAGAGGACGGUUAUGCGACGAAGACAUUGACGAGUGUGCAACGUCCCCCUGCCAGAACGGCGCUACCUGCAGACAAGAGAGGCCGGGGAAGUACCAGUGUAUAUGUCCAAGUGGUUUCACCGGACGUCGGUGUGAGGUGGACAUUAAUGAGUGCGCCGUCUUCAGCCCGUGUUGGAAUGAAGGAACCUGCAGACAAGGGCCACCUGGGACCUACAUCUGUGACUGCCCCGUGGGAUUUACAGGUGUUGACUGUAAAGACGACAUCGACGAGUGCGCGUCAGGUCCUUGCUUGAAUGGAGGGUCCUGUCGACAAGGCACAGCUGGAACCUACAAUUGUGAGUGUCCUCUUGGUCUGGUUGGUGACAACUGUCAGGAUGACAUCGACGAAUGCGGCCUCAUCAACCCCUGUAGGAGAGGCACGUGUGUUAACAGUCCAGUAUUCGGCCAGUGGCUGUGUCAGUGCCCAAGAGGUUGGGAGGGGCAGAGGUGUGAGGAGAGGAUCAACCAGUGUGCCUCAAGCCCCUGUCUCAACAAUGGCGACUGUAGAGAAGGCGAACCAGGAGAGUUCAUCUGUCAAUGCGCUCGUGGGUAUGAGGGGAAUCGAUGCCAGACGAAUAUUAACGAAUGUGACUCCGGACCUUGUCGCAAUGGUGGGACAUGCGCCGAAGGAGCCGCCGGAGAGUAUACGUGUACAUGUCCUUUGGGUUUCACGGGUACCAACUGUGAGACGGACAUUAAUGAAUGCGACGCCCGACCCUGCAAAAACGGAGGCACAUGCACUGAAGGACGUGUUCCUGGGACGUGGGUGUGUGCCUGCCCAACUAACUUCAACGGAUCAACUUGUGAGGGUCAGAUUGAUUACUGUGCCCAGAGGCCGUGUCAGAACAGGGGAGAGUGCCGCCAGGGGUUGGGUCAGUAUUUCUGUACCUGUCCCCGUGGAUUCCGAGGUCGGGACUGUGAGGAUGACAUUCAGGAAUGUGCGUCUAGGCCCUGUCAGAAUGGUGGAACUUGCAGCGAGCCUGACUUCGGAAUGUUCCUGUGUGUCUGUCGAACGGGAUUUGAGGGAAAUGUCUGUCAGAUUGAUACUGACGAGUGUCGCAGUCAGCCAUGCAGAAAUGGUGGACUAUGUUUCCAAGGGUCCCCCGGGACAUAUGAAUGUCGAUGCCGACCGGGCUGGACUGGUUCGACAUGUGAGCGCGACAUUGACGAGUGCAGCUCCAACCCAUGUUUAAACUCGGGCACAUGUGUACAACCAAACAUUGGAUCGUACUCCUGCCAAUGUUCCCCCGGCUUCCGAGGUCUGCGCUGUGACAUCGAGGUCGACCCCUGUGACUCCAACCCUUGUCGUAAUACGGGCACCUGCAACUCUCUUGGGAGAGGAAGCUACAGCUGCUCCUGCCCUGCGGGAACUUCCGGUCUCAACUGUGAAGAGGAUUUGAACGAGUGCGAUAGUUCCCCUUGUACAAAUGGUGGUACCUGUUCCCAGCCAAUCAUUGGCAGUUUUCAGUGCGCGUGUACAAGUGGAUAUAUGGGAGAUCGUUGUGAAAUUGAUAUCGACGAGUGUGAGAUUAACCCCUGCCAGAACAAUGGUACUUGUACCCAAGGCGACCCAGGAACCUACGACUGCGCAUGUGAAGUAGGGUACACUGGAGUCAACUGUACUGAAGAUGUGAACGAGUGUCUGACAGAUGACUGUCAGAAUGGCGCAACCUGCGUACAGGGAUCACCAGGAACAUACAACUGCACAUGCGCAACGGGAUACUUUGGUCUGCGCUGUGAACAAGAGGAGAUAUGUCACAACAGGUGUCAAAACGGCGGCACUUGUCAAGAACUGUUCAACGGCACCGCCAUUGCAAACGACUAUGUGUGUGAGUGCGUGACAGGCUUCGCGGGCCGCAUGUGUGAGAUCAACAUCGACGAGUGCAACAGUAACCCUUGCAGGCAGAUGGGUGUAUGUGUGGACAUGGUCAACCAGUACCGCUGUGAAUGUAUGAAAGGCACGACUGGAGCCUUGUGCGAGGUGGACAUCAACGACUGUGAGCCCAGCCCCUGUCUCCGUGGUGCAGCUUGUGUGGACUGGAUAGAUGACUACUACUGUAUAUGCCCUGAUGGUAUCGCCGGCAAAAUAUGCAAUGAGUCCUCGCCUGGCAGGGUUUACCGACCAUGCGAGAAAAAUCAGUGUCUGAAUGAGGGUGUCUGUUGGCUGAACGCUGACAAUACUUUCAGAUGUGAAUGUCCAAAAGGUUUCACAGGUACGAAAUGUGAAACAAACCUGGAGAACUGCAUCCCCUCUCCAUGCCUGUCUGGAGCCCAGUGCAUCGACUGGAUUGAUGACUUCUACUGUCACUGCCCUGCCUGGACAUACGGGAAAGUGUGUGAUAACAUCACGACAUACGUGGAGCCAGUGACGCCUAUUGGAGUCAGAAGAGGUCGGUACGGCAUCAACCCUAUCACCCUCGCCAUCCUCCUCGGUAUCAUCUUCCUCAUCGCCUUCAUCGUCGUCAUCAUCGGCCUCAUCUGGCUCUGUGUGAGUCAAAGGAAAGGCCCCAGAGACUUCUGUUUCGCCUUGCCUUCGUCCAUGUAUAGGCAGCUGUUUGACAAUUGGCACGAGAGCACCUUCAGCUCAGAGAGAUAUUAAUCACGGAUGCAUCAUUGCACAGCUGGGUUUGUCCGAUGGUUCUGAUAGCAGAACGUGUCCAGUAAAGGGUUCCUGAACCAGUACUCUGCUUAAUGACAGGUGCAUUUGCACAAUUUCUUCAGUGCGAAUUUCAUCAUUGUUGUAAAUCAAAAAAUCAUUCUUCAGAGGAAACAUAAUAUCCAGAGAUUAAAAGUGGUAAGGAAAAUGUGUUUGAAAUAUCCACCAACCCUGGACACAACACACUCCUAGUGUUCUUGUGAAUUCUUAUAGUGAUCUUUCAGAGGAGUAAUGUAUUUCGGCUUCUAUGUUGGGAACCUUCUUCAAUGAAUCCAUUGUUCCAUUCUUCUACAUUCCUUGUUCGUUAGCUGAGUGGUACUGCACAAGAAUUGUAUACCAUUGUAGUCAAUUGGUAUAUCUUCUUGGCCACGUUCCUUUUAAUCAGAAUGACAUAUUUUACUCCGAUUCGAUUCCUCUCUCCGUAAAGAUCAAUAGGAGACCAAGACGCCAUGAGCAAAAUGAAGGAAACGUGGGCUCUUGGGCAAGUCAGGUUUCAGCUCUAAAACGAUUGAGUUCAUCACUUUACCUUUACCAAAUAAAAAAAGACAAUCAGAAAUCAGACAUAAUGCCCCGAGUGCGCCACUCGCUCGUACCGAUAUUUGAGAAGCCUCCACGCUGACUGGCGGAGAAGAAGGCUCCAAUGACGUGACCUCCCGUAGGUUUGUCAACUUCAACUUCACUUUAUUCUCUAGAGAACCACGCAUGUUGGUAUUAGAGUACAUUUUACAUGUCAAUCAUUAUAUACAAGCAGUCAAAAUGGCGGCGGAAUAAAACAAUAUAUUGUAAACAGUGGUAGAUAUAAUAAGCAUGUCUAUUAUCUAAGUUUUGAUAUUACAGAGAAGAUAACAUUUAUAUAUAUUUUGUCAGGGAUUGACUGAUACGGGAAACGAAUCAGAGUGAAUGAUCUGAUUUAAAUAUAUCAGGGCUUCUAUCAGAGUUUACACCAAGAACUUCAAUAUAGAUCACUAAUUCCCUGCAUGUUAGCCGGAUUUAUUUUUAAAGAACAUGAACUUUGCCAAGUGCAAUUACAAUAUCCAUCUGUCGUUUAUGCCUUAGCUUCUCAAUACACUUACAUGAAAUGAUGUACAUACUGCAGAUAUUGUAUAUAUCAAAUGUAUAUUUAUUUUUUUAAAUAUUGCCAAUGACUGGGUCGAUGUCAUAUAAACAUUUAACAUCUCUUCUAUGUAAAUAUAUCAACAUGUACAUAUCGUUUCCAUAUUUAUCAAGAAGAUAGCUUUAAUGCAGUCUUACUAUGAGUCAUAUUUCAACACAUUGUCUCAAUCAUUUUCAUUUAGAGAUUCAUGUCCUUUUCAACAGGUUAUUGCCAUACCUAUUAAUCUUAUUUUCAUUUAAUGUAUGCAGUGUCUUAGAACGUUUAAUAGUUUAUUCACAUCUAUGGAUUAAUCCAAAUAUUACCAUUCUAUAUAUAUGUAUUAUAUUGGCUUUAGUAAUUAAUAAUGUAAUAUAAUACAUGCAUCUAGGCAAAUAAAUAUGUACUAUAAAAUACUUUCCAUGAUAAUGGGAUAAUAAAAAAUAAUUCUUCCUUUCUAAAUUGUUCAGAUUCAGUUUAAAUAUUGUGGUAAACAAAUGAUCCCACAAUGAUCAGUGGUAUAUUUUAAUUUUAUUCUUGGAUAUUGAAUGACACAUUUUCAGAUAUUCUAUGUAAAAGUUUGUAUCAAAGAGUUAAUCGAUUUAAUGACAAUGUGUUGGAAAUACUUUAAGCAUAAUGCAUUUUAUCAUUUUGUACUGGUUUAUACACUUGCUUUCAAUUUUACUUUCUGCUUGUACAGUCCAUUCAGUGUAAAUAGUGUUGUACAGGUUGAACGCAGGAAUCAUGGUUUUCGUGCGACAAAAACAGACUGUUAGGCUAUCAUCAUCGAGGUUUGUGUGUUUGCAAGGUCACACAACCAAGACGGUUGUCCAUUUGAUGAAAAUAAAACAGAGACCAGUCAGCAAUGAUUGUGCGUACGAUUCCGAGAUCGCCCGAACUGUUUGUCAGCACCAUAACAGUUCUCGUCGGUUUCACCAAAGUGGUAAACGUCUAGACCUGCAUUACUUCGGGCUUUCCUCCCACAUGAAGCUGACACGCCGUGAUAAAACUGGAAUACUGUUAAAAGUGGGCUUAAACCAAACUCACCCUUUGGAUUUAUUCUGACAACGUAAUAUGCACCCAUUAAACAAUUUGACAUGAAGUACCAUAUAUUAUGUAGGCACUGGAAGUGCAGGACAUACUGUAUAAUGAGUGUAUUAUUCAAUUCUGCAGGCUCUGUGAACUCAAAGCUCUGCUUGGUGUAUCUCAAACUACGUCCAAUAGGCCAUGCUUUGGGUAGUAAUAUAGUGCAGAUGUGCAGGUCUUCAACUAUACCCUUGUCCUUUAACAACCAAUGGCAACUCACUAAAGGAACGCUUGUGCUUUUCUACCAUUUGUAUUUCAUUUUUGUAAUAAAUGUAUCAAACUGA